AUGAGCUUCAUCCAACGCAUCACGAAACGGCUGCCCAGCACUCCGCCUUCUAUCAGAAAAAUCAGCGAAAAGCAUGAUAAAGUCUUUGCUACUGGCUGUAUGCCUAUUGAGCCCGAUCAAAUCGCAAAGGCCCCUCGCGCCAACGCCGCCUUCGUCGUCCUUGCUAGAAAUAAGGAGUUGGAUGGCGUGAUCCAGUCGCUCAAGUCGAUUGAGAGACACUUCAACCGGUGGUGGCAAUACCCCUAUGUUUUCCUCAACGAUGGUGACUUCGACGAGGAUUUCAAGGCAACGGUGAAGAACUACACCAACGCGGAGGUUGAAUUCGGCAAGAUUGACAACAGCAUGUGGGGAUUCCCCGAUUGGGUUGACCAUGAUGUUGCUAAAGAGGGCAUCAAGAAGCAGGGUGAUGCUGCCAUCAUGUACGGUGGAAUGGAAAGCUACCACCACAUGUGCCGAUUCUACUCUGGACACUUCUACAAGCACCCUCUCCUGAUGAAGUACGAGUGGUACUGGCGUUUGGAGCCCGAGAUCAAGUACUUCUGCGACAUCACUUAUGAUCCGUUCCUCAAGAUGGCCGAGGCAAACAAGACCUAUGGCUUCACAAUUGCAGUGAAAGAGCUUCGCGAGACCGUCCCCAACAUAUUCCGUUAUGCCGCUGCUUACAAGCGCAAGAACAACCUCAAGUCCAAGGGUCUGUGGGAAAUGUUCCUAGAGCAGCCAGAGCAACCAGAGACUCCCGAGGCCAAGCAGGACAAGCUGCCAGAUGAGAUUCUGCAGACCGACCCCGGUGACAACAAUCUGAAGGACGUGGACCCGGAAGCCAUGGAAGGCGAGAGCUACAACAUGUGCCAUUUCUGGAGCAAUUUCGAGAUUGCCCGUCUUGAUUGGUUCCGCAGCAAGGAGUAUGAGGACUUCUUCACCAUGAUGGACAGAAGUGGAGGAUUUUGGAAUGAGCGGUGGGGUGAUGCUCCUAUUCACUCUCUCGCCGCCGGUGCUCUCCUCGCGCCUAGCGAUAUUCAUUACUUCCGUGACUUUGGCUACCGGCACACCACCAUUCAGCAUUGCCCGGCCAACGCUCCGGCCCGCCAACUCACCCGUAUCCCUUACCUCGAGAAGACUACCGAUGACGAAAAAAAACGGAUCGAGGAAGACGAGUACUGGGCGAACCCUGACCAAGUCAAGGAGAACGGUGUUGGUUGCCGAUGCCGCUGCGACACUGACAUUGUCGAUGUCGAGGGAAAGCAAGGCAGCUGUCUUAACGAAUGGGUGGAUGUGGCUGGUGGCUGGGCCUCGCCAUAG